AUGGGAAUUCUCUUCACCAGGAAAUGGAGACUGUUCGAUCACCAGGGGCACAAAGUUAUCAUUCUUGGGCUGGAUAAUGCAGGGAAAACUACCGUCCUUUACCAGUUUUCUAUGAAUGAAGUUGUACAUGCAUCACCUACAAUUGGAAGUAAUGUUGAAGAAAUAGUGAUUAAUCAUACGUGUUUCUUAAUGUGGGAUAUUGGUGGACAAGAAUCUCUUCGUUCUUCCUGGAACACAUACUAUACUAACACAGAGUUUGUAAUUGUUGUUGUGGACGGUACAGACAGAGAAAGAAUUUCUGUAACUAGAGAACUCUAUACAAUGUUAGCCCAUGAGGACCUAAGGAAAACUGGAUUGCUGAUUUUUGCUAGUAAACAAGAUGUUAAAGAAUGCAUGACUGUAGCAGAAAUCUCCCAGUUUUUGAAAUUAACUUCUAUUAAAGAUCACCAGUGGCAUAUCCAAGCAUGCUAUGCUCUUACUGGAGAGGGAUUAUGCCAAAGACUUCAAUGGAUGAUGUCAUGAUUUAAGAUUAGAUGAUCUCUACUGACCUCUUCUCAUAGACUUUGUAUAAACGAAGUGCUGGACUUUAUCUGAAAGCUGCAAAAAUUAAUGGUUUAGAUAUAUUUAUAAUAAACUGAUUUAAACUUUUUCUAUAAGAAGAAAAA